AUGACUAUCAGAUUCUUCCAGUGGUGUUGGCGAAAGCUUACUUGCUGGGUGUUUUUCUGGAAACACAAAACUAAGUCAACAGUUGUGGGACACGCUGACUCCGAGAAAACUGCGCUGAAGAUGGAGUCGAAGUGCAGUGUGAUUGAGACUUUCAAGUUCGUGGGGCCCCUUAAAGAGGCCAAUGUCUCCAGGAUGGGACUGUUCCCCAAGGCAUCUGAUCCCUGCACAUUGGCCAAGACAACCGAUAGGGCUAAAGUGGAGCUGGAUUGUAGGAGCCGGUCCCUGUUACAGCUGCCCCGGUCGGCUGCCAAGUCUGUCUCCUCACUCAUGCUCUCGGCCCUCCAGUCUGGCUGGCAAAUGUGCAGCUGGAAGUCAUCUGUGAGUUCUACCUCAGUUCCUUCCGAAAUAAGGACCCGGUCCCCUUUGCAGUCACCGGAAGCUGAGAUGCUGCGGGAAGUGUAUCUGGUGCUGUGGGCCAUUCGGAAACAACUGCGACAGCUGGCCCGCAGGCAAGAGAGGCGCAGGAGGCACCACCACGCGGUCCACGCUAACCCCCAGCCUGAACCAGUUCAGGGCCUGAAAAAGGAUGCCUCUAAGGGGAACCCCACAUCCUCAGAAAGCCCCUACCUCACUCUUAGGUAA